UCUGCCCCGCCCUCGAGAUUGAGUACCGCGCUCCUCUGUGUAGUCCUCCUCUUCUCUGGUUCAUUCUCCUUGUUCGAUUCGACUCUCAACAACACCCGGCAAAACUCUCAACUCGGAAAUGUGAAGAUUAAAGUGUUGCAAAGUCUAUAAUCCUGGAUGUCUGGAUUAUUUGUUGAUGCAGUGACAAAAAUACGAUUAAAACCGAGCAGUGAACGAAACGGGGUGGAAAAAGCCGACUUAAGUGGAAGAGUUGCAGCUUUAACUUAAAACUUCCCUUGCCAAACUUCCCUUGUUACUGGAUUUUAAGAAAACUCUGCCACGAGACUGGAUUAUGGAUUUUGAAGAGCGGUCACAAUUGUACAGAUGGCCCUGAAUAACUGCGAGAGUAUAUUCACUUUCUUGCACCUUUGCUAAAUCCAUCUCAUCGCAUCUACUCAAGCGCUCACACCCUUGUGUUUCCACGUACUGCUGAAAGAUGUUAUCCAGGCUGAGUGAGUGGUUCUGGAACGAGAGACUGUGGUUUCCAGAAGGCCUGGGUUGGGCUGACUUGGAGGAUCACGAUGGACUCACCUAUGCCAAAGCAACAGACCUCUGGGCGACCCUGCCCAUCGCCCUCGCCUUCCUUAUUAUACGACAGAUCUUUGAAAGGACAGUGGCCAUUCGACUGGCCACAGCUUUGGGUGUAAAGGAGAAAGUCAGAGUGCAAGCGGCACAUAACCCCACUUUGGAGUCAUACUUCAGCAUCACGACUAAAAAUCCCACACAGAGUGAAAUUGUGAGUUUAGGUAAAAAGACAGGCUACUCAGAAAGACAAAUCCACAGAUGGUUCAGGAGACGAAGAAAUGAAGAGCGACCCAACCAGCUCAAGAAGUUCAGAGAGGCCAGUUGGAGAUUUACCUUUUACCUUCUUGCUUUCAUUGCUGGCCUUGCUGCCCUUAUUGAUAAACCCUGGCUCUACAAAAUGGAAGAGAUGUGGAAUGGGUUUCCAAAGCUGACGCUGCUGCCGUCUCAGUACUGGUAUUACAUGAUUGAACUAGGAUUUUACAUUGCGCUGCUCUUCAGUGUCGCGUCAGAUGUCAAGCGAAAAGACUUUAAAGAGCAAAUCGUUCACCAUGUUGCCACCAUCCUUCUGAUUAGUUUCUCAUGGUGUGUGAACUACAUCAGAGCAGGAACACUCAUUAUGCUGGUGCACGACGCAGCCGACUAUCUGCUUGAGUCUGCCAAGAUGUUUAACUACGCCGGCUGGAGAAAGACGUGCAACUACAUAUUCAUCGUCUUUGCUAUCAUCUUCAUCAUCACCAGACUCAUAAUCCUCCCAUUUUGGAUCUUGCAUUGUACCUGGGUGUAUCCAGUGACUGUAUAUCCUCCAUUCUUUGGCUAUUACUUCUUCAACGGGCUGCUGUUUGUGCUGCUGUGUCUGCACAUCUUCUGGGCCGUACUCAUCCUGCAUAUGGCCAUCAAAUUCCUGCCAGGCAAUAAUAUUGUGGAGGACGAGAGGAGUGACCGAGAAGAAACAGACUCAGAGGGCGAAGAGGAAGACGAAGGUGAGAAAGACAGGAGAGCACCAAUUAAAAACGGACCAGUGCUGAAUGGCUACUCUCCCCUAAACAACAACCAUCACCGCAAGACUGAGUGAUGCUGAAUGAGACGAGAGAGGAGGUACAAUGUUCCCCAUCACAAUGUACACAAGGACGAGACCAACAUAAUAAAGAGAGGGGUGAUUGAUGGAUUGAAAAAAGGCCCAGAACACCCACACACAUUCUACACACUUGAAUGGGAUGCACAUUUUUUCUAAACAGACGUACUUUAAAAACAAGGAAGGAAAAAGAUAGCCUUUUACCCUGCUCAUAAAACAUUCAAAACACUAUUAAAAGAAACAAUGUUAGUAAAUAAUAUUUUUUUCUUUGCAAAAAUGUAAAAACCAUCCAGAAGAAAAAGGAUUUCUAUUAGUAGUGAAUCCAACAUUCACUUGCUUUACUGAAAAUAUGUUCUCCAGUGUAUUGUGUUUAGUGCCUUAUUAUAAAUCCUACUUCUGUCAUACUGUGUUUCUUACAUAUUACUUUCUGUUUGUUUUAUUGGGCAUCAAACACACUAUUAUACUCCUCUGUUAGUUGUCAGUUAGGCAUUUUUGCACAUUUUGCUGAUCAACUUUCAGUGCUUGACUCCUUUAUGAAUUUCAAAUUCAGAGCUUUCCAGAAACCAACUGGAAUUUUUUUUGAGUUCACUAUUUAGUUCACGUCCUUUUAGAAUCGCAGUCUCACUAAGUGACCUUUUACAUCCUGCCUUUCAUGCACACGUGACCUUCGUUAUAAGCAUGUGUGGACAGACACUGCCCAGGGCCUCACUCCUCUUUUCCCAAUGUAGUUGCUGUUAUUAACUUUACUGACCCAUUACUGCUACACUACCACUUAGAGAUUCUAAGACCAUCUAAAACUAGUUUGCACGGUUCUGUUUGGACGAACCAUUUGUAUUGCAGAUACUUUGUUCCUUUUUUUUUUUAUGGAUUUUUGUUUUUUUCAGUUGGUUUUCAUUUAAGAUUAUUUUUAUUUAAGGUCCAGAUUUUUUCAACAAGCCUGAUAAGCUGAUAAUCAUGGUUCCUUGAUCCUGCAACAUAAAAAAUAAAAAUAAUUCUUUUAUAUCUCACAUUUCUGACUUGCAUGAUAUAAACUUGAAAUUGUGAGAAAUAAAGUCACAGUUGUGAGUUUAAAUCCUGCAAUCACGACUUUAUUUCUCAUAAUAACGAGAUAAAAACUUGCAGUUUAGUUUGUCGCGCAAUUACGAUUUUAUAUCUCGCAAUUGCAUGAAAUAAAGUAAAAAUUGAAAGAUAUAAAAUUGCAGUUGCAAGGUUUUUAGACUUUAUUAUAUCUCACAAUUGUGACAUUUAUAUAUUGCAAUUUCAAAUUUAUUUCGCAUAAUUGUUAUAAAGAAUGAUAAAGUCAGAAUAUUACUAAAGUAAUAUAGACAGAAUUGUGAGAUAUAAAGUCAGAAUUACCUCUUAUUUUUUAAUUCCAUGGCAGUAUCCGGCUUCCAUACAUUUAUGCAGUAGAAGAUGGAAAUGUAGUUGUUAAAACAAAGUACUUGGCAGGAGAACUUUAAGCCAAUGUUUUUGUCUGUUCCAUUUAUAUAAUGAAAGAUUACAUUUAAUAAUCAGUAUUUAGUACUGGAUGCACUUUGUAGCUCUCCAUCCUUAUGUUGUGUUGAUAUAAAGACUGUAAAAUGCAUUUAUUAUAAUAAUUCUGUUAUUGGCAAACUGUUUGACAUCAUUGAAAUCUAGACUUGCAGUUCAGUAUUUAUGGGAAAUAGAUUCCAUAGUUAAAAAUGGAAUUUGCCCAAUAUGUACUGUAGAUAUGUACUGUUUGCUCUGUAUCUGCAAUUUUACAUGAGUGUGUUAAACCUAAAGUGUUUGAUUCAACAAUGAGGUCAGAUGUAACAUCCUCUUUCCACAUAAUCUCUUAUUAUUAUAGUUUAAAGGUAUAUUCACUGAAAAAUGAAAAUUGUAAUCAUUUACUCACCGUCAUUUUUUUUUUCAAACCCAUAUGACCUUCUUUGGUGUUUGGAACAACUUGGAACAACAGAAUUUUCAUUUUUGGGUAAACUAUCCCUUUAAGUGACAGUUUAAAAUUGUGGUCCUAUAUGUGGUGCAGUAUUUAUUUAUUUUUAUCUCAAAGUCAGUGUCAAUACAGGUGCUCAUUAUGUAAAAAAUGCAUUUUUGCAAAUGGAACGGGACAUCUGGAUUGGCUUUACAAAGUUAUUUUGAGUUUCCAAAUAUUUUCACAAGUGCCUUAUUUGUACAUGUAUAUUUGAGUUGCUUGUUGUCUGUAUUCUCCUUACCUCAUCAUCUUUCCACUAUAGAAUCUUUUCAAACUAUAUCAUCAUCCUCCUCUCUCUGUCUCUCCUCUGUUUACAUCCACUCGUUCAUCUAUUCUUACGGCUUGAUGCCAAGACCAAUCCCCCCCAUUGCGUCCUGUCAAAUGUGUGUCCACUGCACAAACAUAAAUAUGAUCCAUGUUUUUGUUAUAUUUUGUAUUGUCAUUAUUCAAAGAUGAAAGAUAAAGAUUCUUGUGGAUGA